AAAAGAGGACAAGGAAGGCUGCCAGGCCCUCCAGGCAUAUCCCGCCAGAUGAGCAGCAGACACACGUGGUGCACAUGACGCUCACGGCUGCCUGACGAUAUGACGGCGCCGGGCGUCCAUUGCGUCAAGAGGGCGCUUCGCCAGAUCACAACGUACAGGUGGGUAGAUCUGCUGCACAGUGCGUACUGCACACAUCAAUCACAUGACGGCACAAACAAAUGUGUGUGUGUGUGUGUGUGUACAAAUCAGGCCAGCAGGGGCUGCUCAGCAAACGCAACCAUCUGGGAGUGCGGCCCGUCUACCGCACCUUAUAGUGCGGAGCUAUCGGCACUUCGCCGGCCGGCCGCUGCUGAGCGAUGACGAGAAUGGCAUGUCAGAUGAGCAGCUGGUAUGUACCUGCACCCACACAAGGGGGACCUGCCAGCGGCUUUGGUGCGUGUUCAGACGAGGGCUUUGUACGAGAGUCCCGUUGUGGUGGCGGCGCACGACUUCACGGGGGGUUCGGCGGCGCCUGUGUUCACCUAUGCCAACCAGAAGGGCCUCGACGUCUUCGAAACCAACUGGCACGUGAGCUGAAACGGGGCUGGGGAUGGAAGGCUGCCUGAAAUGGGCAGCUGCCUCAUUGCAGCACUUUGUCGGCUGCCCGUCAUUCAAGUCUGCCGAUGACACCCGCUUUCACGAGAGGCUGGCGCUGCUGCAAGAGUGCCUUGAGAAGGCAAGAGAGAGAGGAAUGCCUUCAUUCAGAUACACGGUGUGCGUAUGGCUUGUGUGUGUGCAGGGGUGUGUGCGUGUGAAUGCCAUCCGGCAGAGCUUCACGGGGCGCCUUUUCCAGAUACAGGACGGCCUCUUGUUCAACCUGCUCGACACACCAGGUGGCGCGACUGCCACAACCGUGGGGCAGGUCCGUGUUGACGGAUGGAUGGAUGGAUCCAGGCACAGGCCAUCCCUUUCGAUCUAUGCUUUUUUGCUUUUCAGGCGGUGGCGUUUGCCACGUGGCAAUACUUGGACUCCAUCAGUGAGGAGCGGUCCCUCUAGUCAGUCAAGAAAAGGGAAUGACUGCCAUGCAUGUGCGGCUCAGUGAUGAGCUGACGGCUUUUUUCGGUUUCGUCCCUGAAGUGUGAUGUUUAGGCGUGGUGUGUCGUCUCUUGGUUUCGGCUCGUUAGUGCUGUGUGCCGUCCCUUCUUGUUCCCCUGGUCGCCACGGUUACAUUGCAGUGCGGUGACGUCGCUGCAUUGGGUGCGUGGCCACCAGAAGGAACGAGAAGGGACGGGACAGCAGCACAGACAUCAGUAUACUCACGAUCGAGGCAGGGGAAGACAGGGAGGAAAGUUCGAGAAAGACACGGCCAGCAUCCAUGCCAUGCAUCUCUGCAUUUCGGUUGUUGCAUUUCGCUCUCUCACCGACGGAUAAGUCACAUUAUCUGUCGUGGAGAGAGAUGGGGAGGCGUGCCGAGUGAGAAUGUCUAUCUAUAGUCGCGACUCGGAUGGAUUCAAUUCAACUCGGAUGGAUGCAGUGGAUGGAUGGUAUGCAUUCACUUGUG